UCGAAGCGACUUUUCUGAGCCUAGAGAAGCACAGCAGCUCGCACUCGAUCAAGCAGACCUUGCUGAGCUUGAAGAAUGGAUGCGGAGAAGCAGCUGGCAGCUCAGCUGGCCGCCGACGUGGCGGAGGCCGAAGCAGCCCGAGCUCAGGCUGGGCCGUCUAGCCAGCCCGAUGGGUCGAGCAAGACCGACAAGAAGCGAAACAGCAAGGAGAGUGGGGCGAUCGACAGCCAUGGUGGAGCAGUGAAGGAGGAGGAUGGACUAGGCAAAGCAGUGGCAGCCUCUGCCCCUGCCGCUCUUCGGCAGCCGUUCUCUUCAUUAGACCUUACGCCGGCUUCAACCAAGGGGAUCAGCGCCAUGGGUUUCAGCACGAUGACAGAAGUGCAAGCUCGCUGCAUCCCGCCAUUGCUGGCCGGAAAGGACGUGCUUGGUGCCGCGCAGACAGGCUCGGGGAAGACGCUUGCGUUCCUGAUCCCAGCCAUCGAGCUCCUACACCGGCUCAAGUUCAAGCCGCGCAACGGGACAGGGGCUAUCAUUCUCUCACCGACGCGCGAGCUGGCGCUGCAAAUCUUUGGCGUCGCGAAAGAGCUCAUCACGGCCGGUGGACACUCUCAGACGUUUGGCAUCAUCAUGGGCGGGGCCAAUCGGAAGAACGAGGCGGACAAGCUGCAAAAAGGCGUCAACCUAAUCAUUGCGACGCCUGGUCGCUUGCUGGAUCACCUGCAGAACACCAAGGGGUUUCUCGUCAACAAUCUGAAAGCACUCUGCAUCGAUGAAGCGGAUCGGAUCCUUGAGAUUGGAUUCGAAGAUGAGAUGCGCCAGAUCAUUAAACUCUUGCCGAAUGAGAACCGACAGUCCAUGCUCUUCUCGGCCACGCAGACGACGAAAGUGCAGGACUUGGCACGCAUUUCGCUGCGCCCUGGCCCACUGUACAUAAACGUACACGCCGACCUGGCAGCGUCGACAGUGUCACGGUUGGAGCAGGGCUACGUUGUCUGUGACAGCGAUAAGCGCUUCUUGCUUCUGUUCACCUUCCUCAAGAAGAACAAGAACAAGAAGGUGAUCGUGUUCAUGAGCAGCUGCAAUAGCGUGAAGUACCAUGGCGAGCUGCUCAAUUACAUUGAUGUACCUGUUCUCGACCUACACGGCAAGCAAAAGCAACAGAAACGGACAAAUACCUUCUUUGAAUUCUGCAAUGCACCUUCCGGCACGCUGCUAUGUACAGACGUUGCUGCACGUGGCCUCGAUAUCCCGAAAGUUGACUGGAUCAUUCAGUUUGACCCGCCUGAUGACCCGAGGGACUACAUCCACCGCGUCGGGCGCACUGCGCGUGCGGGUAAGGCGGGCAAGUCCCUGCUAUUCCUGCUACCGUCGGAGCUGGGCUUCCUGCGGUUCCUCAAGGUAGCCAAGGUGCCGCUGAACGAGUACACGUUCCCUCUGAACAAGGUCGCCAAUGUGCAGGGCCAGUUGGAGAAGCUGAUCGGCAAGAACUACUACCUGCACCAGAGCGCGCGCGACGGGUACCGAAGCUACCUGCAGGCAUAUGGUAGCUACAGCCUGAAGCGCAUAUUUGACGUACACGCACUCGACCUCGCCAAGGUCGGCAGGGCGUUCGGGUUCGCCGUGCCGCCCAAGGUCAACCUCAGUAUCGGCGCGGGGCUCAAGGGCGCCGCUGGUGCUGGUGCAAAGGGCUCGGGCAAGCGCAAGGAGAUUGGUGCAGAUGAUGAUGAGGAGGAGGAUGGCGAGGACAACGAUGCCGGGGACGUGUCGGAGGAGCGUCGUAAGCGUGCAAGGAAGGCACACGGCGAGCGGGCAGGUAGUGAUGGCAAGACGCGGCAUCCGCACCAGUCCAAUGGGCUCUCUUCUUCAGGGCAUGGAGCAGCAGCAGCGGGUCAAAAGAGGGUAGUUAGUGGUGGUGCUGCUGGUGGAAAAGGCAAGAACAAGAAGGCACCGCAGUGGAGUCGAUGAGGAGGAGAGCUUCAAGUGGCGGCUGCAGCGGAGGCGUUGUGACAUUUCCUCUUCUUGUGAUUGUAGCGCAGCAAAAGAUUGAUUGUGGAUAU